AUGGCAGAUUGGGCUCCGGUUCUCGUCGGCGUCAUCCUCUUCGUGCUUCUCUCUCCCGGACUUCUCUUCUCACUUCCUGGAAAUAACAGAGGAGUAGAUUUCGGUAACCUCAAAACCAACGGAAAAGCCAUAGCUGUUCACACUCUCAUCUUCUUCGCCAUUUACUCUAUUUUGAUCAUCGCCGUUAAUCUCCACAUCUACACCGGUUGA